AUGUCGAUGUCCAAGAGCUCGAAGAUGCUCCAGUACAUCAACUACCGGAUGCGUGUGACGAUCCAGGACGGCCGCCAGCUCAUCGGCAAAUUCAUGGCCUUCGACCGCCACAUGAACCUCGUCCUCGGCGACUGCGAGGAGUUCCGCAAGCUGCCGCCGGCCAAGGGUUCCAAGGAGGAGCGCGAGGACCGCCGCACCCUCGGCCUCGUCCUCCUCAGGGGCGAGGAGGUGAUCUCGCUCACCGUGGAGGGCCCCCCGCCCCCCGACGACGGCCGCCUCAAGACGGCCUCGGCCGGCGCCAUCCCUGGGCCGGGAAUCGGCCGCGCGGCGGGAAGGGGGGUCGUCGCCGGCCCGAUCUCCGCGCAGCCCGGCCUCGCAGGCCCAGUCCGCGGCGUUGGUGGUCCAGCUCCGUCCAUGAUGCAGCCCCAGUUCUCUCGGCCCCCUCAGAUAGCGGUGCCCCCCAUGGCCUACCCCCAGCAGCCGCCCGUGGUCAGGCCGCCGCCGCCGGCGGUGGCUCCACCUCCGGGAGGGUUCCCGCCUAGGCCCGGGAUGCCGAUGCCUCAUCCACCACAGUUCAGGCCAGGUAUGACGCCGCCAGGUGGGUUCGGUCCUCCUCCUCCGGGUCAGUUUCCACAGAGGCCUCCGAUGGGGCCGCCAGGUCAGAUGAUGAGGGGCCCACCACCGCCAGGUGGGCCACCUAGGCCUGGAAUGCCCCUACCUAUGCAGCAGCCACCUAGGCCGGGUAUGCCGCCACCACCUCCAGGUGGACAAGCUCAAAUGAAUUUCUUGGAGUUUGUUAGAUCGAUGGCUGUCAAGUUUACCCGAAGAGAAGCUGUGGUUAGGUUGAGGAUAUGUUAUCAGGAGUAUAGAAUCAGUAAUAACUUAUUUAAGAUUCCUUAUGUUUUUGGUGAUCAGGCACAUUUUGUAUGAACUUAUUAAGUUGCUUGUGAUGUAUUUGAACCCUCAGCACCGACUCAAGAAACAGUCCCUAUCUUAACUGAUUUUUUUUUCUUUGGAUGCAUAAAAGCUAUAAACGAAUGAUUGUGCGCAAACCACCACACGAUUAUGCAUGAAGGUUGAGAGAGUUGCUUACGGUCUUCAUCAAUAGAUAGUUUCAUAGUAGC